AUGCGCAGCGAGGACAGCGCGUGGCAGAAUGCUAGCGCGUCGUUCAACACAGAGACUUCGGGCAUUGGCCAUGUCCCGCUCGACGUCGACGGGUAUGCUAUUGCACCGCCGGAACUCGAGCUACAGCAGGUACACAUCUACAUGAGACACGGUGAGCGAACGCCAGUACGUGUGCGCAUGGCGGAGCCACCCGCAUCCAUACCCGAGCACUGGCUAUUUUGCAACGCUGCCCACCAGUUCCGCGCCGCUGUCGCCAGUGGCAGCAACCAGACGCCCGAACUGCCCAGAGUGGCUGGACAGGAAGGGGGAGAGACUGACGAGACGCUGCAGACGCGACGCGUCGUGGAGCGAGGCGAUGGGACCGUUGUGAUGGGCGAAUGUCUGCUGGGUGAAUUGACCGACAUCGGAAGACAGUCGACGUACAACUACGGACGCGCGCUGAGGCAGCUCUACGUUAAUCGGUUAAGUUUCCUACCCGACAUCGCCAAGUCCAAUGACGAGGCUUACUUCCGCUCGACGAACGUGCCGCGGACGAUCGAAUCGCUGCAGCACGUCAUGCAUGGCUUGUAUCCCGCGUCCAAGUCCUCAAACGACUUCGUUCCGCAAAUCAAGAUACGUAAUGCGAAGGAAGAAAACCUCUUCGGGAACACGAACGCGUGCAAACGGCUCGAGGUGCUUAUUGUCAGCUAUGCGAAAGCAGCCGCUACGGCAUGGAAUACCAGCCUCGAACCGCUCGACAAGAAAAUCUCGAAGUACAUCAACGGGAACCCUAUCAGGCUCGACGGACAGCCGCGCGCGUCUGGCGUUCUCGACACUAUCAAUGCGUGUGCGGCGCACGGCAUACCCUAUCCCCCGGAAUUCAAGGAGAACGGUGUGAAGGAUCUCAUUGAGAAAGCCGUCGUACACGAAUGGUUCGCAGCAGACAAGUCCGAGGAAGUGAGGAGACUGGGCAUGGGCCCUCUGUUGAGCGAUAUGACGGGCAAGAUGCGGACGAAGGCGGAGCGCGGCGCACAGGACCCGCUCAAGAUCCUCGUGCACAGCACGCACGAUACGUGUCUCGCCGCGCUGUGCAACACUCUCGACGUGUAUGACGAGAAAUGGCCGGCUUUUUCGUCAGCACUUACGUUCGAGCUCUUCCGAAGGCGAGAGAGCGUUACGAAGCAGUCGCAACCGCAGCCACCAACAUCAACCUGGCAGAACGUCCUCGGGCUCUUCCACCGUCCUCAGCCCGAGAACGAGCAUUACGUCCGCGUGCGGUACCAGAACAAAGACCUCGCGCUACCGCUGUGCGCGCAAGACGGCAAGCACCUCCCUGGCUCACCCGAGUUUUGCACCUUCGCUGCGUUCCGCGAGCGCGUGCGGGAGCUGACGCCAACAAACUGGGAGUCAGAAUGCGCCGUGCCUUCUGCCCGGUCAUCCUAG